GUUUGCGCUUCCCUUCUUGGGAGAAGAGGAGGCGUCCCCCCGGAUCCGGUUUCUCCGCGCCCGCCCCUUCCCGCAGCGUCGGCCAGGCAUCUGGAAGCCCUUCAGAACAACGGCGAUGGGAAGCUGGGCCCUGGCGUGGACGGUGCUUUGCAGCCUGGUCGCUGCGACCCUCGUCUCAGCUGAUGAAGACUGCAAGUGGUACCUAGACAGAAAUGGCUCCUGGCACCGUGGCAUAGACUGCAACUUCCCCUCCUUCUGCUGUGGAGAUUGCUACCAUCGCUUCUGCUGCUUCGAUAUCAGAAACCUCCUCACUGAACGGCAGCAAAAGCACUGCAUGGCCUUUGGCCCGAGGACCAUUGCUGGCAUCGCUUCAGCUGUGAUUCUUUUUGUGGCCAUCGUUGCCACCAUUGUCUGCUGCUUCCUGUGCUCCUGCUGCUACUUGUACCAGCGACGGCAUCACAUGCAGACUCCUUAUCAAGGUCAGGAGAUUCCACUUUCUGGCUAUCCUGACCAGCCUCCAGACCCUUAUCCUAUGGAUCCAAAAGCAGGGCCAGCAACAUUUCAUCCUGGAUAUACCCCUGUGUUUCCCUACCCACCUACAGUUCCAGCUGCACAGUACCCUCUAUAUCCACCUGGGCCACCAUACUACAAUCCUACAGCUCCCCCACCAUACCUCCCACCGCAACCAACACAGCCUAGCACUUGAGAAGAAUCUUGUGAGGACUAUUCAAAAGAAGCCUUUCUCUCUGGGCCUGCCAACUCCCUUUUUACAGAACUUGUAGGGGACUCCUGCUGUCCUGAAACUCCAGCCUAUGCGUCAGUAUUUGCCAGUUUUGUUUUGUUUUGUUUUUAAAACUAGUUAUUCUGCAUGGUAGGAAGCAUUGUGACUUUAAUUCUUUCCCCCACCCAUCCCAGUCAUCGAGAGAGUCACCUUGUCCUCCUCACUUCCUAUAUGGAUUCAGGAAGUGGCUAAUGAUUACAAAUGCAAGUGCACAAAGCUGGUACAAGUGCCCUAAAUAUAAUUUGACAGAUUUCCCUUCUCUGCAACCAAGGAAUAGGUAGGCAGCUUGCCUCCAGGGGGCAGUAGAGAGCUAAGUGAAACAGUCUUUCCCUGAACAACCAAGAGGGCCAAUUUUAGUUCCACUCUUCAUAACCUCCAGUUGAUAUUUUGUGUCUUAAGGAAGCCCUGAGCCCUAAGAUGGAUAUAGAUAUUAGUCUGAAGAUACUUGGUGCCGAUAUAGAUCCUUACGCUAAGUAGACAUUACCUUGAUCAGAAUCUGGAGGAGAAGCUGGUUGAAAGCCCAUAUAGAUUCCCCAAUAAAGCUGUAAAUGCAAUUAAUGCAUGGGAAAAGUAGACGGGGCUAGAGAAAGACUCUUGUAAGAGAUGAGAUGAGGGCUAGAGAAGAGAAGACACAUUGUCUUUCUUGCUUCUCAGCACAGAAUAAAAGUAGUUCAGUAUCUGAAGAUGUAGAGACCAACCCACCUCUGGCAUUUCAUCUGCAAGUGAAAGGACAGAUUUUCUGUGGGUAUGUCUAGGAAAAAGGGUGACAAAGGUAAUUAUUCUCUACAGAGCAUAAUUUGGAUUUUCUGAGGAAUUUUUUUUUUAUUGAUUUCCAUACUAGAUUGAAAAGCUUUUUGAAAUCUCUCUUGUGCAUUCUAGACCAAUCUAAAGAGAAACAGAGUUAAGCCUUCAGGGUCAUAUUAUGACUUCCAAUAUAACCGCCCAGAGUCCCUCUUU